AUGGCGGCACUCAUGAACGGUACGGCGACAUUCAAUGCCGGCGAGCAAUCCAACUCCUUGCUGUGCGAAUCCAAUGGCUACGCCGCUACUUCCCUCACCGGGGGGGGUACCUGGCAGGUCCGUGUCAGCCGUGAGAAUCGCGAGCAGUUCACACUAUCAUACGAGGGCGACGAAAGCAAGACGCUCACCCUCUCCACGGAAGACUCUGGCAACCCCAACGAGGUCCCCAUUGUCACUAAGCCUAUGCAGAACCCUCCACACCCUACGCAGCUAUGGACCAUGGAGGAGUGUAUUGGGCCCAUGAUCUUCCCGCCCAUGAUGCAGGGCCGCCUCCAGAGUUGCGCUAGGCCUGACCUCUCUGCGGCCGUCGGUGGAAGUGCCCCUCUCCAGAGGACGCACAUGGGCAUUUCAGGGGUACCGAAUGAGCAAGCAAGGGAGAAUCGGGACGCUGGUUUAUGGCAUGUGCGCUAUAGGGAAGUUUCUUAG